CCACGUCCACACACUCUCCACUCGCGGAGGCAAACAGCAGUCAAACUGUGAAUCCUUAGCUGAUCGCUGUUCACCGCCACCUGAUGAGUUUGUGCUGCUUUUCAUGUUGCUGAUUUUGCUUUUGCGCACGCGGACAGGCAGGACGCAGAUUUCUCUUUUUCCUGCCACGUUUUAAAACCAUAACGGAGUGAGUUACAUCGAUCGAGACUGUUUUGAUCGUUUCUUAAACCCCAUCCAAGACGGUCGGAGACGUGUUUACGGUUAGUUUUGUGAGCUGUCGUGUUGUUUUGGUGGGGCGGAGGUUUGCAGAUCAUGAGAAUGCUGCCCCAGCUCCUCACUGUGGCCUGUGUUCUCUGCUUCUCUGGCUUCUCCUCUGCAGAUGUGUUACAAGCUGAGGCUUGGCUGCAGAAGUAUGGCUAUCUUCCUCCCGGCGAUGUCAGAGCUCAGGCCAUCCGCUCACCAAAGACCAUUGAAUCAGCGAUAGCAGCCAUGCAGAGGCUGUAUGGUUUGACUGUCACCGGCUCUAUAGACUUAAACACAUUAGAGGCGAUGAGCCGGCCACGGUGUGGUGUCCCUGACAAGUUUGGUCCGCAGCUGAAAACGAACCUGCGGAGGAGGAAGAGAUACGCCGUGCAGGGUCUGAAGUGGGACAAGUCUGAAGUGACCUACAGCAUACAGAACUACACCCCUAAGAUCGGGGAGCGAGCCACGAAUGAAGCCAUUCGAAAGGCGUUUAGUGUGUGGGAGAGUGCCAUCCCGCUCACCUUCAGAGAGAUCCCGUACAGCCAAAUCAAAGGCAAGGUUGACAAGUUCGCAGACAUCAUGCUCUCUUUUGCGGAUGGUUUCCACGGAGACAGCACUCCUUUCGACGGCGAGGGGGGCUUCCUGGCUCACGCCUAUUUCCCCGGACACGGCAUUGGGGGGGAUACACACUUUGACCUUGCCGAGCCGUGGACCACCGGGGCUGUGGACCAGGGAGGUAAUGAUGUUUUCCUGGUCGCCGUCCAUGAGUUGGGUCAUGCUCUGGGUCUGGAACACUCAAACAACCCCUCUGCCAUCAUGGCUCCCUUCUACCAAUGGUUUGACACUGAAAACUUCCAGCUCCCCGACGACGACCGCAGAGGCAUCCAAACAGUUUAUGGAACCAAGUCUGGUGCUCCCCCUCCUCCUCCUCGACCCACAAAGCCGUCCAUCCCUGACAAACCAGAACAAGGCCCAGACAUCUGUGAGGGACACUUUGACACUAUUGCCAUUCUGAGAGGAGAAAAGUUCGUAUUCAAGGACAAAUGGUUCUGGCGUGUGCGUAACAACAAGGUGCUGCCCGGAUACCCGAUGACCAUCAGUCACUUCUGGAAGGGCCUGCCUUCAAACAUAAAUGCCGCCUACGAGAGGGAUGAUGGGAAGUUUGUCUUCUUCAAGGGUGACAAAUACUGGGUUUUCAGUGAGUCCAGCAUGGAAAAGGGUUCCCCCUACAGCCUGAAGGACCUGGGCACUGGUUUACCGAAGGACAAGCUGGAUGCUGCUCUGUUCUACACACCAACAGGACAGACGUACUUCUUCAGAGGCAACAAGUACUAUCGCUUCAACGAGCAAACUCGCACCGUGGACAGUGGCUAUCCAAAGCCCAUCAGCAUGUGGAGUGGCGCGCCAGACAACAUCAAGGCCACCAUCAUGAGUGAAGAUGGAUCUUACACAUAUUUCUACAAAGCCAACAAGUACUGGAAGUUCAACAACCAGUACAUGAAGGUGGAGUCAGGGUACCCUAAGUCUGUGCUCAGAGACUGGAUGGGCUGCGAAAGCGAGGAGCCCAAGAAAGGUCGGGAAGAGGAGGUGAUCAUCAUCGAGGUGGACGAAGUGGAGAGCGGGGCUGGGCCCGUUGCCGUGGUGAUCCCUCUCCUGCUCCUGGUGCUGGUGCUCAUCACUCUCGGAGUGCUUUUGUUCUUCAGGAAGUACGGAACGCCUCGACGCCUCCUCUACUGCCAGAGAUCCCUACUGGACAAGGUGUAGACAGAGCGAUGGGUGACUGACAGACUGAUGCAGAGGGACAGACAGAGAGGAGGAGAAGAGGACGAGGGCCAACUGAAACUGAGAGAGGGAGGAAGUGAAAGAGGAAAGAAGAGGGAGCAACUGGAGGGGAAAAAAAAUGUUGUCGGUGGUUUGUAUGUGCCACGAAAGAGGGAAAGGGCCCUAGGAACUGAAAUCAGGAAAAUGUGUAUUUGUAUGUAAACUAUGUACAUGUGCUGUUGUGUGAAGACUCUUCUUCAUCGACUUCCCUCCCGCCUCUCCUCUCUCACAUCCCAGGUAUUAAAGAAAGAAAAACAUCCCUCCUUGCUUCCUCUCCUUUAAGUGGACGACUCCAGCUGAACUGCUGUCUGAUUCAAACCAACAGAAACUUUACAAAUGUGUUUUAAUUAAAAAAAUUCAUCUCUGUUACACGA